AUGUCUGUUAAAGAUGAGAUUCCCGCUGUGUUUUUGGAAAAAAUCUCUCCAAGAGGUUUAGAAGCUAUUCAAAAAACAAAAGAUUUUGUAAAUGAUUAUUGUUUACCAGCUGAUGAAAUAUAUUUCAAUCAAAUAUCAACUGAUCCAGCUAGAAGAUGGAAAGAAAUACCUCCAAUUAUUGAAACUCUCAAAGCAAAAGCUAAAGAAUUGGGGUUAUGGAAUAUGUUUUUAUCAAAACAUUACAAGGAAGGUCCUCAAUAUACAAAUUUAGAGUAUGGGUUAAUGGCUAGAUAUUUGGGAAGAUCACACACAGGGCCUGAAGCAACAAAUACAAAUGCUCCAGAUACUGGUAAUAUGGAAUUAUUUGCAAAAUAUGGUACACCUUAUCACAAGGACAAGUAUCUAAAACCAUUAUUAAAUGGAAAAAUAAGAUCCGCUUUUUUAAUGACUGAGAAAGGUACUUCAUCAUCUAAUGCCCUAAAUAUCUCCACAAGUGCUAUUAAAAAUAAGCAAGGCAAUUAUGUUUUGAAUGGAGUCAAAUGGUUUGCAUCUGGAGCAGGUGAUCCAAGAUGUGCUGUUUGGUUGAUUAUGUGUAAAACAAGUUCCAACGAAGAUAAACCAUAUCGAAAUCAUACCUUGUUUAUUGUUGAUGCUAAAAGGGCAUUAAGUUCAGGAAAAGCUAAAUUAAUUAGACCAUUAUCAGUAAUGGGAUAUGAUGAUGCUCCACAUGGACAUUGUGAAAUUGAAUUUAAUGACUAUGAGAUACCUUCGGAUGAAAUGCCUAAUGUUGUUAUGGCAGGAGAAGGUAGAGGUUUUGAAUUAAUUCAAUCUAGAUUAGGUCCAGGAAGAAUCCAUCAUUGUAUGAGAGCUAUUGGAACAGGAGAAUUUGCAUUAUUAAAAAUUGCUCAUAGGGCUAAUCAUAGAUUGAUUUUCGGUAAACCAAUGAGUCAAAGAGAAAGUUUCUUAUAUAAAUAUGCUCAAAGUAGGAUUGAUCUUGAAAGAUGCUUUUUAUUGGUGUUAAAUGCUGCUCAUAAAAUAGAUAUAUCGAAUGCUAAAGCCGCUCAAAGAGAGAUAGCUAUGUCAAAAAUCGAAACUCCUAGAACCGUUAGUGAUAUUCUUGAUUGGGGAAUUCAAGUAUUUGGUGCUGAAGGAGUUUCUCAAGACACGGAGUUAGCAAGAAUGUAUGCAUUAAAUAGAACCUUAAGAAUUGCUGAUGGUCCAGAUGAAGCACAUUUAGCUCAAUUGGCAAGAAAUGAGUUCAAAAAAUUUAAUGACAUUGAUACAUAUUUUGAAAAUUUCGAAACAAAUCAAAAAAAAUUAAGUAAAUUAUAA